UAAUGGGUUCCUAACCUUAGAAGUCUAGAAAUUAAAUUGCCAAUAGGUACUAAUAAUAAAGAAUACAGACUAACUAAAUGCAAUAACAAAUACAAAUGUAAUAUCAUUAACCUAAUUAAUAAAUGAACAUUCCAUUGCAAUAUUCUUAAACAUUCUAAUACAAUCAUUCAUCUACAUACUUAUAUAACUAAUCAAUGAUUUAAUAAGCCCCAGCAUCACAUGUAAUUAGAAAUUAAUUAUUUAAUAGAGAUAACCAAAUGUAAACUCUUAACCUUAAGUUCUCAAAAAUGAUUUUUGUAUAGAAAAGGCAAAAAUUGUAGGAAAUGAAAAUUCAAAAAUAGAAUUUGUUUUGUUUGCAUUAACUCCUUGCAAAAUUUAAGUAGAUUUUUUAAUAAAAUUAGAUAUAUGUACAAUGUUAAGAGAUAUUUAAUCCUGUUAAUAACAUCUUUUAAGAAAUAAGGGAUUAAUAAUUUUAUGAUGAAUUUUAAAUAGUUGAACCUUAAACUAUGAAUGUUUAAAUUUCUAGUAAAAUAACAAUUCCUAGAAGCUGUUUAAAAUAGAAAAAAUCUAGUUUUGGUUAAGUUUAUUAGAAACUUAUAAUAAUAAUAUAAAACAAAAUAAUGAUGAUGAUAUAUUAUUAUGAUUAUGAAGAUGAUCAAUUAAAAUUAGUGAAAUAAAAGUUCUAACAUAAUAAUAAAGGAGCAUUUGAUGUUUAAGAAAUUUAUGGAAUAAAUGAUUCUAAUUUAGUUGGAUCUAUGAAACAUGAUUAAAAUGAUGGAGAAUGCAUAAUAUGUUUAAGUGAAACAAUUGAUACAAUUAUAAUGCCUUGUAGACACAUGUGUUUAUGUGGUAAUUGUGCAAAAUAGAUAAUGGAUAAAAAAAUGCAAUUAAAAAAUGAAUCUGUAGAAAGAUAAUAACAUGCUCCCGAUUUUAAUCUCUGUCCUCAAUGUAGAAUGGGUAAUUAUUUUAUAUAUUAUUUAUAGAAAUUGAUUCCUUUAUUAAAUUACAAAAAAUUUCUUGA